UAUAAGCAAAUCGCAAUUUCAUUUUCCUUUACUUGGGCAACCAGAAACAAACAUGUCAACCUUUGUUGUCACCGCCUUGGCUUCACCUGCAGUUCGUAGCUUCCCGGUAACGAACUCCAUGGCAAUGGCGGGUUUUCACUCUCACCUACCCAAAAUCCGUACUGCAAUCUCCUAUUGGAAUAUUCGCAGAAGCUUCAGCUCUUCUGGCUUUCUCUUGCUUUCCAACACGAGAAAGAAGCAUACCAGUUCAUUACAAGUGAGAUCAGUGGCUACUCCUGCAGAAGCCACUACAGAGUUUGAUGACAUGAUUUCUGGGACCCAACGAAAGUAUUACAUGCUAGGUGGGAAGGGGGGUGUUGGGAAGACCAGCUGUGCUGCGUCACUUGCUGUAAAAUUUGCAAACAGUGGUCAUCCCACUCUUGUGGUGUCAACUGACCCUGCUCAUUCUUUGAGUGACUCUUUUGCGCAGGAUUUGACUGGAGGGUCAUUAGUACCAGUUGAAGGACCUGAUUCUCCGCUGUUUGCCCUAGAGAUAAACCCUGAGAAAGCUAGGGAAGAAUUUCGUUAUGCAAGCCAGAAAAACGGGGGAACUGGAGUUAAAGAUUUCAUGGAUGGCAUGGGCCUUGGAAUGCUUGCAGAACAGUUAGGAGAAUUGAAGCUGGGAGAGCUGCUGGACACACCUCCUCCUGGUUUAGAUGAAGCUAUUGCAAUUUCCAAGGUUAUACAAUUCCUUGAAUCGGAAGAAUAUAAUAUGUUUACUCGAAUAGUCUUUGAUACAGCCCCCACGGGUCAUACACUACGGCUUUUGUCUUUGCCGGACUUCUUGGAUGCUUCUAUAGGCAAGAUAUUGAAGUUAAAGAAGAAAAUAACUUCAGCUACUUCAGCCAUCAAAUCUGUCUUUGGAAAAGAAGAAACUCGGGAAGAUGCUUCUGACAAAUUAGAGCGACUAAGGGAGAGGAUGAUAAAAGUACGAGAACUUUUUCGUGACACAGAUUCAACAGAGUUUGUAAUAGUAACGAUCCCCACGGUGAUGGCAAUCAAUGAGUCAUCAAGGUUGUGCGCUUCCUUGAAAAAGGAACAAGUUCCUGUCAAGAGACUUAUUGUUAAUCAGAUUCUUCCCCCAUCUGCAUCAGACUGCAAGUUUUGCUCAGUGAAAAGGAAGGAUCAGAUGCGUUCUCUUGAUAUGAUCCAGAGUGAUCCUGAACUCUCUGGCUUAACAUUGACCCAGGCGCCCCUUGUUGAUAUGGAGAUCAGAGGUGUCCCUGCUCUUCAAUUUUUAGGGGACAUUGUAUGGAAAUGAAGAUCUGCUCAAUGAUAUGAGCAUAAUUGGGCUAUUUGACAAAGUUGAUUUCCAAAGAGAGAACACAUGUCAGAUUUUGGAGGCCGAAAGUGAUUGAUUUCAGAUUAAGCUUCCCUUGUGCAUCAAGCAUUCAGAGGACAAGCAGCUUAAUUUAAUAGAACUAGUUUCUUUUAGUACUGCUGACAUCGUGCAGAGAACUUGUUUUAACUGGAACCGGAUCCUCCUCCGUGGAUGCAGUCGGAUGGUGGGAAUUAACAUGAUGUAGAACAAACUUGUUUUAGUCAGACCUGGAUCUUCUCCGGUGCAUUCACCGGGAUGGUAGGAAUCGACAUAAAGGAAGGUUCUCAAUCCGUUUUAGUCUGGCUUUCAUUGAACACACACACACACACACACAAACACAUACAUACAUAUUAGUUGCAUGAAUAUUUCUUCUUCUUUCAGUGUUGACAAGUUGUGUAAUAAAAAGCUGGAGUCAUAACUAUUGUUUUAUUUUCGAAAGUCAGUUCUUUACCUAUAAAGAGCAAAAAGGUAAAAUCACCUCUUUGAAUUCA